CCCAGUCCAUAGGCAGCCACAGCACAGGGCUGGAUGUGUGAGCGGAGCUGGGAGGCAGCAUGCUACUACUACUCCUCUGAUCCCUGUCCUUCCUACUCCACAUGGAUACCAACCGGGAGCCCGCAGCACAUCUGUCCAUCCGCCAGCGCCUGCACCGGACUUAAUGAUGCUGAAGGAGUCUGAGAAAGAGGAAUAGGGAAUUUUCGACAAAACACAUAAAUCUGCAGGAGAAAGAAAAAUGAUGGAAUAGCUGUCACCAUGGAUAUCUUGAGAGGCAUAAGGGCAUCACCCUCCAGUGUCAUCACCCUAUUAUUUCUAAAUUUACUCUUUAAAUUAUGUAUCGGUCUCCAAGGAACCUCGCCUCAGAUCUUCCAGUUUACACAUUCGAUGUACAAUGCCACAGUAUACGAGAAUUCUGCUGCUCGGACUUAUCUCAGCAGUCAAACCAAAAUUGGCAUCAAGCUGGCCAAUCUUUCCUGGGACAUCAAAUACAGGAUAAUGUCGGGAGAUGAAGAAGGGUUUUUUAAAGCGGAAGAGGUCGUGAUUGGAGAUUUUUGUUUUCUACGGAUACGAACGAAGGGAGGAAAUUCUGCCAUUUUAAACCGAGAAAUUCAAGACAGUUAUUUAUUAUCCAUAAAGGCGUCAGUGAGGGGGGAGGACUUGGAGGCCUGGACAAAAGUCACCGUGCAAGUCUUAGAUAUGAAUGAUUUACGUCCCUUGUUCUCCCCAACCACUUACUCUGUUACCAUAGCAGAAAGCACUCCAAUAAGGACGAGCAUAGCACAGGUUACUGCCACUGAUGCCGAUAUUGGAUCCAAUGGUGAAUUUUAUUACUAUUUUAAGAAUAAGGUAGACCUUUUUUCUGUCCAUCCAACAAGUGGGGUUGUAUCACUGAGUGGACGGCUAAACUAUGAUGAGAAGAAUCGAUAUGACCUGGAAGUCUUAGCUGUAGACCGUGGCAUGAAAUUGUACGGCAACAAUGGAGUCAGUAGUACUGCCAAACUUUUUGUUCACAUUGAACGUAUUAAUGAACAUGCUCCUACACUUACUGUGGUCACUCACAUUCCAUCCAUGUUGGACGUGGAUCCUUCAUAUGCCAUAGUUACCGUAGACGAUAAUGACGAAGGUGCCAACGGAGACAUUGAAUCAGUUGCUAUAGUUUCGGGAGAUGAGUUGCAACAGUUUUCGUUGGCAAAAGAGGCUAAAUGGAUGAACGAGUAUAAUAUCAAACAAAAAAGUCCUAUCGAUUGGAACAACUUUCCAUAUGGUAUAAAUCUGACCCUUCAAGCUAAAGACAAGGGUUCUCCUCCAAAGUCUUCAGAAUUCAAGUAUGUGCAUAUUGCCAGCCCUGAAAAAGAAAAGGUGAAAACUGAAUUUGAGAAAGAUGUUUAUGAUGUUACAGUCAGUGAAUUCUCUCCUCCUGGUGCUGUUGUGACAGCGGUGAAGGUAAAACCCUCAUCAGCAUCUGUGGAAUACAAAAUUUCUGAAAGUGAAGAUUCUGAGUAUUUUAGGAUAAACUCCAGGACGGGACUGAUCACCACUGCUCGGCCUUUAAACAUGGACGGGAAAGAUACCUAUGAAAUAGAAGUAAUGCAGAAAUCCAAUGAUAUUAAAACAAAGGUCAUCAUAAAAUUGGAAGAUGCAAACGACAACACCCCAGAGUUCCAACAGACCUUUUACGAGGCAUUUGUCAAUGAAACAGUGCCUGUCGGAACUAGCGUUUUGAUGGUUUUAGCAUCCGAUAAAGACAAAGGAGAAAAUGGUUAUAUUACGUACAGCAUUUCCAGCCUGAAUUCACUGCCUUUUGUCAUUAACCAGUUCACGGGAACUAUCAGCACUUCUGAUGUUCUCGAUUUCGAGUCUUCUCCCGAGAGUUAUAGGUUUAUUGUAAGAGCCUCUGAUUGGGGUUCUCCAUAUCGUCAUGAGAGGGAAGUUAAUGUUACCAUACACAUAGGAAACAUAAAUGAUAACAAGCCCUUAUUUGAAAAAGUAGCUUGCCAAGGAGUCAUCUCCUUUGAUUUUCCAAACGGUGGACACAUCACUGCCGUUUCUGCCAUUGAUAUUGAUGAGCUAGAGCUUGUCAAGUAUAAAAUACUGUCAGGGAAUGAACUAGGUUUCUUCUACUUGAACCCAGAUUCUGGGGUCUUACAACUUAAGAAAUCAUUUAUCAGUUCAGGUCUUAGAAACAGUAACUUUGCUCUUAAGAUCACUGCCACCGAUGGUGAGAACUUUGCCGAUCCCAUGUAUGUGAACAUAACAGUAGUCCAUGGUAAGGUCCCAUCUAAAUAUUUUGACUGUAAAGAGACAAGGGUUGCCCAAAAGUUAGCAGAAAAACUUCUCAAAAAGUCCAAAGCUAAUGCCAAGUUACACUAUGAGGACAGCUUGUUCGAUUUUUAUUCAAUUAACAGGCAGCCCCCUCAAUUUGACAAGACAUUCCCUUCAGAUGUUUCGGUAAAGGAGGACCUUCCUGUGGGUUCUUCUAUCCUAAAAAUUAAAGCCACUGACUCUGACUCUGGGUUUAAUGGAAAGGUACUUUACACUAUCACAGAUGGUAAUAUAGAUAGCUGCUUUACCAUUGAUUUGGAAUCUGGCCAAAUUAGUGUCUUAAUGCCCAUGGAUCGAGAGACUUCUGAUAAAUAUCUUCUCAAUAUCACUGCAUAUGAUUUAGGCAAACCUCAAAGAUCAUCAUGGCGAUUGUUGACUAUACAUGUCAAUGAUGCAAAUGACAACAGCCCCACCUUCCUGCAAGAGAGCUACUCAGCUAAUACCCUAGAGAGCACAAGCAUAGGGACAGAGUUAAUUCAGGUGGAAGCUCGAGACAAGGAUAUUGGAUCCAAUGGAGAAGUAUCUUAUUCCAUUUUAACCGACACAAAAAAAUUUGCAAUAAAUAGCUCUACUGGAAUAGUAUAUGUAGCUGAUCACCUGGACAGAGAACUCAUGUCUAACUACACAUUAAAGAUUGAAGCCAGGGACAAGGCAGAAAAUGGUCAGCAACUUUUUUCAGUGGUCACCCUAAAGAUCUUUUUGGAUGAUGUCAAUGAUUGUGCUCCAGUUUUUGUACCUUUCAGCUACACUGCCAAAGUUCUAGAAGAUCUUCCGGUGGGCACUGUCAUCUCUUGGCUUGAAACUCAAGACCCAGACCUUGGUCUUGGCGGGCAAGUACGGUAUUCCUUAGUGAAUGACUACAACGGCAGGUUUGAAAUUGAUAAAACAAGUGGAGCUAUUCGCUUGAACAAGGAAUUAGACUAUGAAAAACAACAAUUCUACAAUCUAACCGUUCGGGCUAAGGAUAAAGGCCGGCCCGUUUCUCUGUCAUCGGUUUCAUUUGUGGAAGUCGAAGUGGUGGACGUCAAUGAAAACCUACAUACUCCAUAUUUUUCGGAUUUUGCUAUAACUGGAUCUGUUAAGGAGAAUUCACGCAUUGGGACUAGCGUGUUGCAAGUUGUGGCGAAAGAUGAGGAUACAGGCCGAGAUGGAGAAAUACAGUACUCUAUAAGGGAUGGCAGUGGUCUCGGGAGAUUCAAUAUUGAUGAAGAAACUGGAGUUAUCUACACUGCAGAUGUUCUGGAUAAAGAAACCACCGACUCAUACUGGCUUACCAUCUAUGCCACCGACCGAGGUGUUGUCCCCCUUUUCUCUACCAUUGAGGUUUAUAUUGAAGUGGAAGAUGUCAACGACAAUGCUCCUCUGACUUCACAACCCAUCUAUUAUCCUACCGUUAUGGAAAAUUCUCCCAAAGAUGUGUCCGUGCUCCAGGUCCAGGCUGUAGACCCGGAUUCAAACACCAGCGACAAGUUGACUUACAAGAUCACAAGUGGGAACCCUCAGAACUUCUUUGCCAUUAAUGCCAAGACAGGUCUCAUUACCACGACGUCCAGAAAGUUGGAUCGCGAACAGCAAGCGGAGCAUUUUCUGGAGGUCACAGUCAGUGACGGCGGUCUAUCACCCAAGCACUCCACCGUCUGGGUUGUGGUUCAGGUCCUAGAUGAAAACGACAACAAGCCCCAAUUUCCUGAAAAGGUUUAUCAGAUCAAACUUCCAGAGAGAGACCGUAAGAAAAGAGGAGAACCCAUCUACAGAACUUUCGCCUUCGACAAGGACGAAGGCCCGAACGCUGAGAUCUCCUACACCAUUGUUGAUGGCAACGAGGACGGCAAGUUCUUCAUCGACCCCAAAACCGGCAUGGUGUCCUCCAGAAAGCAGUUUUCGUCUGGAAGUUACGACAUCUUAACAAUAAAGGCUGUAGACAAUGGGCGUCCUCAGAAGUCCUCCACUGCACGGCUCCAUAUAGAAUGGAUAAAGAAGCCCCCACCUUCACUUACCUCCCUCACAUUCGACGAACCCUUCUACAAUUUUACCGUAAUGGAAAGUGAUAAAGUGACCGAGAUUGUGGGGGUGGUCACCGUGCAGCCCUCCAAUAUACCUCUCUGGUUCGAUGUUGAAGGUGGCAAGCAUGCCCGAGAGAUGUUCUAUAUUCUGCAAACAGCUUGUGGGCAGAACUGCUCAUCAGAAGGAGGAAACAUGGACAGCACUUUUGACAUUGAGAAAGGAGUGGGGACAAUCGUCAUAGCAAAGCCACUGGAUGCCGAACUACGCUUGAGCUAUAAUAUGACUGUUGAGGUUACAGAUGGGACAAACAUUGCCACCACUCAGGUCCUUAUUCGAGUCCUUGACAAUAAUGACAAUGGUCCGGAGUUCUCCCAGACGAGUUACGAUGCUGUCAUCUCAGAGGACAUCCUCCCAGACACGGAAAUCUUACAGAUAAAAGCCACAGACAAAGAUGAAAACCACAAACUGAGCUACAUCAUCCACAGCAGCAUCGACCCAAAUAGUAUGAGGAAAUUCCGUAUUGACCCCAGCACUGGUACACUGUAUACAGCAGAGAGGCUGGACCACGAGACCCAGGCCCAUCACAUCCUCACUGUAAUGGUAAAGGAUCAGGAAUUCCCAUACAGACGGAACCUGGCUCGAGUUACAAUUACUGUAGAAGACGCCAAUGACCACAGUCCGUACUUCACCAGUCCAUUGUACGAAGCUUUGGUGUUUGAGUCCGCUGCCAUCGGCUCAGCCGUCAUACAAGUCACUGCCUUAGACCGAGACAAAGGAGAAAACGCUGAGCUUGUAUAUUCUAUAGAGACAGGCAACACUGGGAACAUGUUCAAGAUUGAGCCAGUUCUUGGCAUCAUCACGGUGACAAAGGAGCCAGACUUAUCCACAAUGGGUCAGUUCGUACUAUCCGUCAAAGUCACCGAUCGAGGAAGCCCACCCCUGUCUGCUGCAGCUAUUGUUAGAAUUUCCUUAUCCAUGUCAGAUAAUUCAAAUCCCAAAUUCACCCAGACAGAAUAUCAGGCUGAGGUUCAGGAGAAUGUAGAAGUGGGGACGCCGGUUUUAUUGGUGUCUGCAAUAAGUCAAUCCACAUUGGUAUUUGAAAUCAAAGUUGGGAAUACAGAAGGAGCUUUCUCCAUUAAUCCAUACUCAGGAGUCAUUACAACUCUGAAGCCACUGGAUUAUGAACAAAUAUCUUCCUACCAGCUCAUUGUCCAGGCAACAAAUAUGGCCGGCAUGGCUUCUAACACCACAGUAAACAUCCAGAUUCUUGACCAGAAUGACAACCCACCGGUCUUUCUCAGUUCUCAGUAUGUUGGUACUAUCAGUGAAGCAGCACCCAUCAAUAGCAUUGUUCGAAGCUCAGAUAAAAACCCAUUGGUGAUAAGGGCCACAGAUGCAGAUAGCAACCAGAAUGCUUUGUUAGUUUAUCAGAUUGUUGAGUCAACAGCCAAAAAGUAUUUCACAGUAGAUUCCAGCACUGGUGCCAUCCGAACUAUAGCUUACUUGGACCAUGAAACCAUAGCAUACUUCCAUUUCCAUGUACAUGUAAGGGACAGCGGAAGUCCCCAACUUACUGCUGAAAGUCCAGUUGAAGUUUCUAUUGAAGUAAGUGAUGUCAACGAUAACCCGCCAGUAUUUACCGAAGCUGUUUUUGAAACCACUUUGCUCUUACCGACCUAUGUUGGUGUAGAGGUUCUACAAGUUAGCGCCCGAGAUCCAGAUUUAGCAAUACCACCAGAAUUGAGUUAUUCCUUGACAGAAGGAAACCUCAACCAUUUCAUCAUCGAUUCCAGCAGUGGGGUCAUUACAGUAAAAAACAGCAGUUUAUCUAAAGAUCACUAUAUGCUCAUGGUCAAAGUAUCAGAUGGAAAAUUUUACAGUACUGCCAUUGUGACUAUACUCGUAAAAGAAGCUAUGGAUAGUGGUCUUUAUUUCACCCAAGAUUUUUAUUCUGCCUCUAUAGCGGAAAACACCACCAAUAUUACAAAGAUUGCUGUUGUGAAUGCUGUGGGCCACCGGUUGAACGAGCCACUAAAAUAUACUAUAUUGAACCCAGGAAAUAAGUUCAAAAUUAAGCCCACCUCCGGGGUUAUACAAACCACUGGAAUUUCUUUUGACAGAGAAGAAGAAGAGAUGUAUGAACUAGUGGUAGAAGCAAGUAGGGAACUAGACAACCUCCGCGUGGCACGAGUGGUUGUCAAGGUCAACAUUGAAGAUAUCAAUGACAAUGCUCCAGUUUUUGUAGGUCUUCCAUACUAUGCUGCUGUCCAGGUUGACGCAGAGCCGGGGACUUUGAUCUAUAAAGUGACUGCUAUAGAUAAAGACAAGGGUAAAAACGGUGAGCUAUCAUUUUUCUUGGAAAAUGACUACAGCCAUUUUGAAAUUGACAAACAGAAUGGGAGCGUUACUUUAAAAAAGACUUUUGACUCAGAUCUCUCUAACAUUGAAUACAUGUUAAUAAUCAUUGCCAAAGAUCGCGGUGAUCCUUUAUUGUCAGCUUUCGUUGAGCUCCCUGUCACCAUUGUCAACAAAGCCAUGCCAGUAUUUGACAAAGCCUUUUAUACAGCUUCUGUAAAUGAAGACGUUGAGAUGCACACACCAAUUUUGAGUAUUAAUGCUACAAGCCCAGAAGGUCAAGGGAUUAUUUACACCAUUGUCGAUGGAGAUCCAUAUAACCAGUUUAACAUAGAUUUUGAUACGGGUGUUUUGAGCGUGGUAAGCCCAUUGGAUUUUGAAACAAACCCUUCUUUCAAAUUGACCGUCCGUGCAAGUGACUCACUCACAAGUGCACGGGCUGAAGUCAUUGUAGAUAUAAGUAUCAACGAUGUCAAUGACAACCCACCUAUUUUCCAGUUUCCAUCAUACAAUGCCACGUUAUCUGAAAGUUCACUCAUUGGGACACCAGUCCUACAAGUGGUUGCCACAGAUGCUGACUCCGAUAAUAACAAAGUCAUCAGAUACCAAAUUGUUCAGGACAUUUUUAACAACACCGAUUCUUUCCAUAUAGACAGUACCAGUGGUUUAAUACUCACAGCUCGCCUGUUGGACCAUGAGGUUUCCCAGAAAAGUGUCCUGAAAAUAAGGGCAACAGAUAAUGGAUUUCCAUCCCUAAGUAGUGAGGUCCUGGUUACCAUCUACAUAACAGAUUUAAAUGACAAUCCUCCAGUUUUCAAUCAGUUGAUCUAUGAGUCUUAUGUAAGUGAGCUCGCUCCGAGAGGACACUUUGUGACCUGUGUCCAAGCUUCGGAUGCCGAUAGUACAGAUGUUGAUAGAUUGGAGUACAGCAUUUUGUCUGGGAACGACCGUAUGAACUUUUUCAUGGAUAGUAAGAGUGGUGUCAUAACCCUUUCUAACCAUCGAAAGCAAAGAAUGGAACCAAUGCAUAGCUUAAAUAUUUCUGUGUCUGAUGGUUUGUUCACCAGUACGGCACAGGUCCACGUGAAGAUUCUUGGGGCGAAUCUUUUUAGUCCUGUUUUUGCACAAAGUGUCUAUGUGACCGAAGUUAGAGAAAAUGCUCCUGUUGGCACUAAGGUGAUCUACGUCAAGGCAACAGAUGGAGAUUCAGGCUUGUAUGGACAUGUCACCUACACAAUAAUAAAUGACUUGGCCAAAAAUCGAUUCUAUAUUGAUACAUUGGGACAAAUUGUUACAACAGAAAAGCUUGAUCGAGAGAAUCCGCUGGAGCGGGACAUUCACAUAUUUCUUAGAGCUCUGGAUGGCGGUGGUCGGGCAGCUUUUUGUACUGUCCAAGUAUUAUUGGUCGAUGAAAAUGACAAUGCCCCCCAAUUUAAAGCUACAGAAUAUAGGGCAAGUGUCAAAGCUGAUGUAGAGAAAGGCCACCUGGUCACUCAAGUGCAAGCCUUUGAUGAAGAUGAUGGUGCCAAUGCUCGAAUUACCUAUUCACUCUACAGCGAGGCAUCUGUCUCUGUAGCUGAUCUUCUGGAAAUUGACCCUGACAAUGGUUGGAUGGUUACAAAAGGCAACUUUAACCAGCUAAAAAAUACAGUACUUUCAUUUUUUGUCAAGGCAGUGGAUGGGGGCAUUCCUAUGAAACACUCUCUUAUUCCUGUAUACAUACAUGUUGUACCUUCAGAAACCAUCCUGCCUACUUUUGCCCAACCUCAGUAUACGUUCAUCGUCCCAGAAGACACUAUGAUUGGCACUAUAAUAGACUCAUUCCAAAUUAAACCUAUUCAAGAAGCUUUAUUCAGCAUCGUCAAUGGUGAAUAUCCUGAAAAUAACAAGGAUAACAUUUUUAUUAUCGAUAGGGACACCGGAAUGUUAAAAUUGGACAAAAAAGUUGACCAUGAAUCCAUACCUUUGUUUCAUUUCAAAGUGGCAGCUUCUGUACCUCUGGAUAAAAUCGAUUUCUUACUUACUGUAGACGUAGAGAUCAAGAUCUUAGACCUGAAUGACAACAAGCCAUUAUUUGACUCCACACACUAUGAUGCUGUUAUUAUGGAGGGUAUGCCAAUAGGUACCAGUGUCAUCCAAGUGAAAGCCGUUGAUGCAGACUGGGGUGCCAAUGGGCAAGUUACUUACAGUCUUAUUUCAGAGAGAGAAGAAGACAAAAUCUUAGAAACAUUUAUCAUUGAUUCAAAUACCGGUUGGAUAACUACACUCAAAGAACUGGACCAUGAGAGGAAUCCUACCUAUACAUUCACUGUUGUAGCAGCUGACCUUGGAGAAACAUUGUCUCUCUCUACUUCUGCAAUAGUCUCCGUGACUGUCACAGACAUCAAUGACAAUGGACCCAUCUUUGAACAAGAAACCUACAAAGGAUUUGUAAAGGAAAGUGAUGCCCCAGGAGAAGUGGUUGGAAUACUCAGUACUUGGGAUGAGGACACAUCUGACAUUAACCGUCAAGUGAGCUACCAUAUUACAGGAGGUAACCCCAAGGGGAAGUUUGCCUUAGGGCUCAUCGAAAAUGAAUGGAAAGUUUACGUGAAAAGGUCCCUUGAUCGGGAGGAACAGGAUACGUUCUUCCUCAACAUCACUGCAACCGAUGGCCUUUAUGUGUCUCAAACUGUUGUGGAAGUUUAUGUCACCGAUGUCAAUGACAACAGCCCCGUUUGUGACCAGGUUGUAAAUGCAGCCUCCUUUCCGGAAGACAUUCCUCCCAAUAAGAUGCUGCUCAAGAUCAGUGCCCGAGAUGCAGACAUUGGGAUCAAUUCUGAGAUCCACUAUUCCCUUCAUGGACCUGGUUCUGAUAACUUUUAUUUAGAUGCUGAAAGUGGUGAGCUGAAGACCAUGGCCCCAUUGGACCGGGAGAGGAUUCCAGUGUACAAUUUAAUUGCUCGAGCCACAGAUGGAGGAGGAAGAUUUUGCCAGUCUGAAAUCCGCCUAAUUCUGGAAGAUGUCAAUGAUAACCCUCCGGUCUUCUCCUCUGACUAUUACACUGCCAGUGUCUAUGAGAAUACAGUCACCAAAGCUUUGCUGACGCGGGUGCAGGCCAAUGACCCUGAUGUUGGUAUAAAUCGAAAAGUGGUCUACUCCCUGGUUGACUCAGCAGAUGGACAUUUCACCAUGGAUGAGCAAUCUGGCAUCAUUGUCCUAGAGCAGGCCCUAGACCGGGAGGUUCAGUCCUCCUAUAACAUCACAGUAAAAGCCUCAGACAGGAGUCCCCUCCAGCCGUUAUCUUCAUUUGCAGUUGUUACUAUCACGGUCUUGGAUGUGAAUGAUAACCCACCAGUAUUCGAAAGGAGAGAUUACCUGGUCACUGUUCCUGAGGACACGGCCAUCGGCACCCAAGUUAUGUUUGUGUUCGCAGCAAGCAAGGAUAUUGGCUCAAAUGCAGAAAUAACUUACAACUUUAGGACUGGAAAUGAACAUGGAAAGUUCAAGAUCAAUCCCAAGACAGGUGCAAUUGUUGUCGUCAAUCCUCUGGACUAUGAAGGCUGCAAAAACUUCUUCCUUGUGGUGGAGGCUAAAGAUGGCGGCAUCCCUCCUCUUAGCUCGGUGGCAACGGUUAACAUCAACCUGACGGAUGUGAAUGACAAUCCUCCGAUGUUCAGCCAGGAUGUUUAUAGCGCUGUCAUCAGUGAAGACGCCUCUAUCGGGGAUUCUGUCAUUAUGGUUUUUGCUGAAGACGUGGACAGCCCACCCAAUGGACAAAUCACUUUCUCUAUUAUUAAUGGUGACCAAGAUAAACAGUUCUCCAUCGAUCCAGUCAUAGGACUGAUUAAAGUGAAGGACAAACUGGACCGGGAGCGGGUGUCUGGUUACUCGCUGUUGAUACAAGCCAUAGAUAGCGGUAUUCAUCGUCUCUCAUCCACCGUGACUGUAAAUAUCGAUAUUUCAGAUGUCAAUGAUAACAGCCCCCAGUUUACACCUGCCAACUACAGCGCCGUCAUACAGGAGAACAAACCGACCGGCACAAGUAUUCUCCAGCUAGUAGUCACCGACAAAGACUCCUACCACAAUGGACCGCCGUUCACAUUCACCAUAUUAAGUGGAAAUGAAGGUGGCAAGUUUUUACUGGACCAGUCUGGAGUCCUACGCUCUGCUGUGGUUUUUCAACACAUGAUUGCAAAUGAGCAUCUCCUCAACAUACAGGUGAAAGACUCAGGUAAACCCCCACUGGCCUCUCAAACCUACGUCCAUGUGAGAGUGAUUGAAGAGAGUGUCCACAAACCGUCAGCCAUCCCUCUGGAGAUAUACAUUGUCACCAUGGAAGAUGAUUUCCCAGGAGGAGUAAUUGGCAAGAUCCACGCCACCGAUCAGGAUGUCUAUGAUGUCCUCUCCUAUGCUCUAAAGUCAGAGCAGAAAAGUUUGUUCAAAGUAAACAAUCACGAUGGAAAGGUUAUUGCCCUCGGAGGUCUUGAUGGGGGUAAAUACAAUCUGAAUGUCUCUGUCAGUGAUGGCCGCUAUCAGGUAUCGGUUGACGUCUCUGUUCACGUUGAGCAGCUGAUUCAGGAUAUGUUAUAUAACGCGGUCACGAUACGUUUUGAGAAUAUCUCUCCUGAAGAUUUUGUUGGGCUUCAUUUGCAUGGCUUUCGACGUACCCUCCGGAACGCGGUCCUCACGCAGAAAGAAGACAGCCUGUAUAUCAUCAGCAUUCAGCCGGUAGCGGGCACCAACCAACUCGACAUGCUGUUUGCUGUACAAAUGCAAAGUGGAGGUUUCUAUAAACCGGCGUACUUGAUUCAGAAGCUCGCAAAUGCAAGACGACAUUUGGAAAAUGUGAUUCGGAUAUCAACAAUCUUGGAAAAGAAUUGUUCGGGUUUGGAUUGUCAGGAGCAACAUUGCGAGCAGACGUUGUCUAUAGAUUCCCACUCACUCAUGACCUACAGCACAGCCAGGAUCAGCUUCGUAUGUCCCCGGUUUUACAGGAACGUGCGCUGUAUAUGCAAUGGUGGACUUUGCCCCGGAUCUGCAGAUCCAUGUUUAAACAAGCCGUGUCCCGAGGAUAUGCAAUGCGUGGGAUAUGAAGUCAGCCGGAGACCGUUUAUCUGCCAGUGCCCACCAGGCAAACUCGGAGAAUGCUCAGGACAUACUUCUCUCAGUUUUGCCGGAAACAGUUACAUUAAAUACCGGGUGUCGGAGAACAGCAAGCGCGAUGAGUUCAGACUGGGCUUGCGGAUGCGAACUCUGCAGAACAACGCUAUCAUCAUGUAUACGAGAUCCAACCCCUGCAUGAUCCUGAAGAUCGUGGACGGUAAGCUGUGGUUCCAGUUGGACUGUGGCAGCGGCCCAGGAAUCCUGGGAAUUUCUGGCAGGACGGUUAAUGAUGGGAACUGGCACUCCGUCUUCUUGGAGCUAAACCGGAAUUUCACAAGCUUGUCGCUGGAUGAUAGCUACGUGGAGCGUCGCAAAGCGCCACUUUACUACCAGACCCUCAGCACUGAUAGCUCUAUUUAUUUUGGAGCUCAGGUGCAAGUGGAAAAUGUCCGAAGCCUGACUGACAAAAGAAGUACACAGGUCCUGGGAGGCUUCCAGGGAUGCCUGGAUUCAGUCAUCUUGAAUAACAAUGAGCUGCCACUUCAGAACAAGAGAAGCAGCUUUGCAGAAGUGGUCGGCUUGACUGAAUUAAAACUUGGCUGCGUGCUCUACCCUGAUGCUUGUGAGCGCAAGCCAUGCCAGAACGGCGGGAGCUGUACCAGUGUGCCAUCUGGUGGUUACCAGUGUACGUGUCCAUCCCAGUUCAUCGGGAAAAACUGCGAGUCUGAGAUCACGGCCUGCUUCCCGAAUCCCUGCCGGAACGGUGGAAGUUGUGAUCCGGUGGGGAAUUCCUUCAUCUGCACCUGCAGGACGGGUCUGCGGGGACUGACGUGCGAAGAAGACAUCAACGAAUGUGAAAGAGAAGACUGUGAGAACGGAGGAAUGUGCAUCAAUACCUUCGGGUCCUUUUUCUGUAAUUGCACCCACGGUUAUGUUGGGCAGUACUGUGGUCUAAGACCCGUGGUGGUGCCCAACAUCCAAGCGGGGCACUCUUACGUCGGCAAGGAGGAGCUCAUUGGCAUAGCCGUGGUGCUUUUCGUUAUAUUUGUCCUCAUUGUCCUUUUCAUAGUGUUUCGCAAAAAAGUGUUCCGUAAAAAUUACUCCCGUAACAACAUCACUCUUGUCCAAGACCCGGCCACAGCCGCGUUGCUGAACAAAACCAACGGGAUUCAGUUUAAAAACCUCCGAAGUGGUGGGGACAGCAGAAAUAUCUACCAGGAGGUCGGUCCACCUCAGGUCCCUGUGCGGCCCAUGGCCUACACCCCUUGUUUUCAGAGCGAAUCUAGAAACAACCUGGAUAAGAUGGUGGAUGGGCUUGGGGUAGAACAUCAGGAGAUGACAACCUUCCAUCCAGAGUCACCGAGGAUUCUAACAGCGCGAAGAGGUGUGGUGGUGUGCAGUGUGGCCCCCAAUAUGCCAUCAGUGUCCCCAUGUCGGUCUGACUGUGACUCCAUAAGAAAAGGACCCUGGGAUUCAGGAAAUGAUUGUAAAGGACUGGACGCAGCAGAAGACGUGACCUGUUUUGUGGGGAAUACAAAGGGGAGCAAUUCUGAGAACCAGUCCCUGAACUCCUUCCAGUCUGAUUCAGGAGAUGACAAUGCUUCCAUAGUGACUGUCAUUCAUCUAGUCAACAAUGUUGUUGAUAAUGUUGAAACUGAAGCUCCGAUAUUGGACCAAGGGCAGAAUUACAACAGAGCGUACCACUGGGACACUUCAGAUUGGAUGCCGAGUACCCACCUGUCCGACAUUGAGGAGGUCCCAACAAACUAUGAAACGGCUGAUGGGUCAUCAGCCCACCAUGGUAGCACCAGAGAACUGGAGACAGAUUACUACCUGGGAGGUUACGACAUUGACAGUGACUAUCCACCUCCCCAUCAUGAAGAUUAUUUAAGUCAAGAUCAGCUUCCACCUCCUCUACCGGAGGACUUUCAAGAACAUUAUGAUACCCUUCCUAAGGUACAGCCGAGAUCUGUGAUCAGCACACUCAGUCCCGACUGCAGCCGGCGCCCACAAUUUCAUCCGAGCCAAUACCUCCCUCCCCAUCACCUCUCGAGCGAGAUAGAGACUUCUGGCUCUCAGCCCGGACACUCAUUUAGUACUUUUGUGCCUGCUCCAAGCCAAAUGGUGGAUAAGACAAGCACAGAUAACAUUUCUUUAUCCUUGCACAAUUCAGUAGGUGCUUCUUCUUCGGACGUGUCGGCUAGCUGUGGACUGGAAGAUACAGAAGUGGCCAUAAGUGACUAUGAAAGUUUAGAUGACUUUCGAAUCGAUCACUCCCACAUUCCUUACAUGGAAACCCAACAUCAAACUCAAGUGUGACAAACUUCAUUUUUUUUAUACAUAUAUAUAAAUAUCUGUAUGUAUAGCCAUUCAUGACUAGCCUCUAGGGAUACAUAUACCAAGAAGUUGUGGCAUUGGUCGUGGACUUAUUUUUUAGUACCGAAUGCAAACUAUGGAACUCCAAUGGCUUUGAUAGUACAGUAUGUCGGUGAUAUGUUGCAAAAUUAAAUAGACAAUCCUUCUAACAUGUUGCUUAUAUAUUUAUUGCCAAAAGUAUGCACAGUGUUUUAAUACUUAAAGGGGUACUCCACUGCUCAGCGUUUAGAACAAACUGUUUCCGGAAGCUCGUGAUGUCACGCCCCCUCCCAUAGACUUGCACUGAGGGGGCAGGGCGUGAUCUUAUGAGGGGGCGGGGCUAUGACAUCACAAGCUCCCGAUGCCAGCUCCAGCGUUCGGAACUGUUUGUUCCAAACACUGAGCAGCGGAGUACCCCUUUAAAAAAAAUUGCAUUUUGAAUGGUAAAGUUUUAGAAAUCUCAUCUCAUAAGAUAGGAUGCCGACUGUUCAACUAGGUCAACACCAAUACAUACAGUAAAUUCGAUAUCUGUAUCUGAAGUCCUUCUGGAGAGCAGAAAGUGUGCUGGUCUAUAAUACAGAGUGGAAUUAGCCAAUGGGCAGUACUGACCGCCAGGUGAACACAGCCGGUGGCAUCUCUGAAUCAUGACCAACAGUAUGAAGGUUAUUUUUGUGGGUUGUAGCUGGACCUUCCUAAAAUCUCCAGGUGAUUGUCCAAGCCCAUCAUCUAAAUACCCUAGCCAAGGCUGUACAACCUAGUGGAGCCCUUUCUUUGGCACUUGUAAAUACAUGGCAAUAUUUUGACCCAAUAAAUUAUGUAUAAAUAUUCUUCGAUCUAGAAGGUGCUGGGGUAUUUUAUCCUAAAAACGUGACCUUCACUAAGGUUGGGUUAUCCCAGCGAAUAACUCCAUUGCAUCCAAUUGGCUUUUAGGUGGCGCAGUCUCUUCUGCUCUUACCAUGAACUUUCCUUCCAGGGCACAUGCCCAGCAAGCCCCAUCCUCAGACUGCACCUCUUCUACAAGUUGUACCUCAAUAAGACAGACCCAAAGUGAAUUAAUCCCUAUACUAAUUUGGCACAACCUUCAUCCUAAAAUGAUUCAAGCUCCAUCCAAACCCUCCUGAAGUGCCAUUGAUCUCCCAAAAGAAAUCCAUAUUCGAAGAACCAAAGUAGACCCAUCCUAGUUCAGCACCUUCAAAAAUAGGCCCCAUUCUAAUUUCAUCGAAAAUGUCACCCGAAAAAUCCAAAUUAGCCCAAAUGUCCUUGAUCUACAAAUAGAAAUCUGUCCUUGAAGUGCAAGUCCUCAUAUAAAUCCAGAUCCACAGUAACCCCAUCCUACUUCAACACUACCCUUAAAAUUGGGUCCCAUUUUAAUUCAUUGAAAACGCCACUCAAAACAUCCAAACCCUUCCAAAUUGACCCAUGCCCAAAAAGAUCUGCUCAGAAAAGUGCACAUCCCAAGGGCAAGGCCUUUAUCUCUUCAGGUCUAAGGCUGUAGGACGUUCUAGAUAUCAGACUAGGGAAUAUUUUACAUUACUUUAUGGCUUGUGUUAUUAGAUUUACCCAUGCAAAGUGUCCAUUGUGUAUAUGUGACAAGUACACUUUAUUAUGUUUACUAUGGAGAGGAGGGGGGGGGAUGGGUAAGCAUCGGGGCUGUUUACAUACGUGAAAUGAAAGUUUACUGAAAUAGCACAAAAAAGUUCCAAAAACUGGGAUUAAUGGAUAUGAGUAAUGACGGGAUGUAUAUAAUCUGAAUUAGCCAUACAAGUGUUUAACCGAUGUGCGUGCCUUGUCCAUAAUGGCUGUUUUUCCUUCCAGAUCCAUCUUUAUAAUUUGCAUCCAACACUCCAGACCCUACACACACCCAACCGGUUUUACGGACUAUCUUAGCCCCUCUUACGUAGCAAAUUGGUCAUUUUAUUGAACCUAUGUAAGCAAUAAAACUGUGUUUUUCGAAGAACAUCAGCAGUAUUAUGUAUAUUGGAGAUUGAUAGAAUAGGGUCCCUUUUGUCCGUGCAGUAUUUUCGCAAUAGCAAAUAGGAAAGGCAGGUUUGGUGGAAAAAAUAUAAAAGAUUAAAGAGAGAAACUGUAAAUGGAUAUUGUGAAAAAUGUUGUCCACAUGAUUUCUACGUUUAUAGAAGUACUGGAAUACCUCAAGGGUAAAUGUUUCGAACGCCGUUUUCGCACUGUGGGGGUCGGCCGCGCCCCUCGUGCCAUCAUGGACACGUUCCCUCAAUGCAAGUCUAUGGGAGGGGGCGUCACACCCCCUUCCAUAGACUUGCAGUGAGGGAGCGUCACCACGACAUCACGGGGCGUGACUGACCCCCUCAGCAAAAACAGCGUUCGGAACGUUUAGUUCUGAAUGCUGACCAGUGGAGUACCCCUUUAAAGGGAGCUUGUCAUCAUUUUUAUGUGGCCUGAACCACAGAUUAUUGGGGAGGUCCCUAGUGGCUUCUCUCCGCCCCACUAGCCUUCCCAUUCAAGGCUUGUGAGGAUGGAUGGAUGAAGGAACUGCCCCGUGACUCGUGGUUGAGGCCACAUAAAAAUGAUGACAGGUUCCCUUUAAUUUCAUUAUUAAAAGGGCCUGGAAAACAAGGUCUUCUCUUCUUCCAAAAACCCUUAAACAUAAACCUAAAGGGUAUAUGGACAAGACCAUCAAAAAGGCAUAAAAAAAAUUGGGUUUCAACACGAGCCCUAGUUUUUUCUCUAAAGAAAUGUAAUAAAAAAGAAAAGUCAAAAAGUACAAACCUUGUUCUCUUCACAUAGGAAUAUGUUAUAUCAAUCAAUACAUGCGAAUAUGUUAUAUCCAUACAAAGGCCUAUUGGUUUUACAAAAAUGUCCUAAACCACUUCUGAUCCUCAUGUUGGAUUUCCCCAGUUUGGCUCACCGCCAUGGAAAAUAAAGCCAUGUCCUUGUGCCAUCCUAACCUUACCUGGCCAUGGUGUCACUACUGAUGGCCAUAAAGAAAAAAGAAAUGUAGUAGAUAAAAAAACAAGUGGCUGCUUUCUUCAGAAUCCAUCAGUAGUCUUUUUCCGUGGCUUGUGUCUAAUACUACACCCUUAGCUUUAUGCAAUUGAGUAGCUUGGAACAAGGGUGGGAUUGUCCCUUGAAGACUACAGCCACGUUCUGCCAAUGUAAUACAACAUUCUUAUGUAAUGGAAGAUUCUUUGAUCAUGUGAUGUGAUCUGACUGCUGGGACCCUCUGCGUUCUUCCACGUGGCCCCCUUAGCAGUCCACAGAAACUGAGCAUUUCAACCCCUGCAUAAAGCGUGGGCCUACACACCCCCUCCAUGUAUCUCUUUGGGAGAACCGGAGAUAGCCAAACAAUACAUGGAGGGGGCAUGUCUGCCGCCAUUUUGUGUUGGGGUCAACACACUACCUUCCCUGAGACUGCCAGGCAGCCAUGCAGGAGACACCCACAAAGAUCAGGAAGUUGGAUUCCAACACGCCUAAUCCUUUGUUAAAGGGGUACUCCACUCCCUGACAUCUUCUCAUCUUAUCCUUUGGAUAGGGAAUAAGAUGUCUGAUCGCGGGGGUCCCGACACUGGGGAUCCCUGCUGCAACCAGCGUUCGUUUAGAGCAUUGGGUGUAGCUCCGGAGGUUCGUGACGUCACAGCCGCGCCCCGCACGUGACGUCAUGGCCAUGCCCCCUCAAUGCAAGUCUAUGGGAGGGGGCAUGAUGGCCGUCACGUCCCCUCCAAUAGACUUGCAUUGAGGAGGCAUGGCCAUGACUUCACGAGCCUCCGCCCCGCAAGGCCAGUCAUCCGACACAGAGCGAAGUUCGCUCCGUGCACUGAAUGUCUGGGGUGCCGCAGUGGAGAUCGUGGGGGUCCCGCCACUAGGCGUGGAUAGGGGUCAAAAUGUCUAAGGGCAGAGUACCCCUUUAAGAAUGAAGAUCAUUUGCCCUUUACAAAACACAUGCACGCUUGCAUGUAUUUGUGAGUUUGGCAGAAAUAGUCUAUUAGUCUAUGUCAGUGGUCUCAAACCGUGGCCCUCCAGAUGUUGCAGAAACUUCGACUCCCAGCAUGCCCGGUCUAUGUAAUAUUCUUGACCAAUAUGUGAUAAGCUUCAUGAAUGUUGUAGCUUCUUACUUGUCUUUCACCUUGACCUUUGUACCACGCUCAGUUGGUUCCUUUAUAUUAUAUUGACGGGUUUGGCUAAAAAGAUUUUACCGGCCUAUUGAGGAUGUUCUUGACAUUGGUUGGAUGAUUUGGUCGAGCUCUAUACGAUAUCCACCAUUGUGGGGAUGCUUAUUAGAUCUACUGUAUUAUCAUGACACUAAAAAUGCAGUGCCAUCUGGUAAAGGUCAAUCUAGGUCAGUGGUCCCAAACUGUGGCCCUCUAGA